AUGUCUGAGAGUGACGACUACCGUGAUGAUCACGAGCUCGAUGAGUUCAUCGUCUCCGAUGAGGAGCCUGUUCUUGAACAGAACGACCAGCAAAAUGUGGACGAGCCUCCCCAAAUCGAUCGCAUGGAUAAUCUCACCUCCACAUUACGCGUGAAUGAAACAUAUACGAGCAAGGUUCUUCGUGCUCACAUAUCCGUACUAGUUUCAGCACUUGGAGGCCCCGAUCAUACUUCUUCUGAAGGUUUGUAUAAGUUGGGACACGAUGCUUUGGCGUGUUUAAAGGAUCUCAAACGAUGGAUCCGAAGCGUGGAUGAUCGUAAUGGCCUGGCUGAUGUAGCUCUUGCCUGUGCUGAAUGCGGUCUUGUGACCAAUGACUUAACAGUGAUCUUGUGUCAGUGGGAUCGGCCUCCCAAAGGUGUCAAAAAGACGAAAACUACUGAGAAAAUUAUGCUUGCAUGCUUGGAAUUGUUGGUUCUUCUUACCUGGCCGGUGGACGUCAACAGAAAGACGUUGUUCAAGGAUUAUACUGCUAAGACAAAUGCUAGGCGUGCACAGAUAACUUAUAAACAUCACAUUUUGUCCUACAAGGGAGGAAGAACCUUGAAGGCUGUCAUCAGGUUGGGACUAGAGGCACUUCAACUACCCAAGGACGAACGAGAGCCUCGCGACGUCAAUAUUCUCCGACUCAUCAUGUUUUUCAUUCGAAAUGUUCUCUUCAUAGAGCCACUUCCGCCUUCGAAGUCUCCAAAGGCAAUUACAAAUUCUUCAGACUUGCCAAACGGUACAAACCCAGAAGAUAUUGGGCUCAAUGCGGUCCUCACUUCUUUCAGCAAGAAUAAUGUGCUCUUAUUUCUCACAUCCGUGAGUCACUCGCUCCUGAAUGAUUUGACUGAUGAAUCUUUUGGUCUGUUGGCUAUGGAGUGUCUCUCGCUACUCACCAAGACUGUCCCGGUAUCAACUUUCUUUGCAACAAAACCGAUGGUUCCAGAUGCUUCCACUACCGUUCCUCCAGCAUCUUCUGCAGUUGGAAUGCAACUACUGGAUCUAUUAUCUGAAGAAGAUAAGAGAAAAAAGCGCCAUAAUAAUACCGUUUCUACUCGACAUGGCCGGUUUGGAACAUUGCUCUCGAUUCAGACUCCAGACAAUGCCUCUUACUACACGGUAUCUGGUCAAGACGCACUUGCUAGUACUUAUGGAACUCUUGAUAAGAUGGAUCGUACGAAGCAGUGGCAUCGUACUUCUGUGUUCAAGUAUGACUCUAACGAUUAUGUGAAGCUGGCCAUGUCGUAUCUCAACAAAGGCUCAGCAGACAUUCUUUCCCAGUUUGUGAAUCAGUUCUUGAUCAGUGGCUGCUUUAAUACCGUGGUCAGAUUUGUGAGCCAUCACUUGACAAAUUUGACAAACGAUGCGGAUCUUGGCCGGAGAGGGAUGUUGGAUGUUGUUGAUGGCCAUGAGCUUGCCAGCUUUUUCAUGACCAUUACGUGGUUUUUCCAUUUCAAGCGUGAAAGAUUGGCUUUCUACCAAAGCAUCAAACAGAAACCACAAGAAGGCGAUGAUAGUUUGGACUAUGGUUCUAUCGGGGCUGCCUUGAGCGAAGUCAACUUCAUUCUUCUCAUUUCGUACUGCCGCUCCUCUUUUGAUGCCAAGGACUACGACUCCCUCCAUGUUGCCUUGAUAUGUCUCAGAGAAAUGCUUUUGAUCUCGAAUUCCAUCUUCAUGAAGGAGAGAACUCAACAAGAAAUUGAACUUGCGAGCGAAGAAGAUGUCAAUGAGGACAGAGAGUUGGCCGAGGGAAUCAUUCGAAAGUUGUUUUCCCAAAAACAAUUCUUGGAUAUGAUGAUAAAUGUUCCUAAGACCGCAGCGAAACACUCCCCGGAAUAUCUUUCGGUAUCGGUGUCUGUUGUUCAUGUGCUUCUCAAAUGCUUUGAAGCCUUGGCUAAUGAAGAUGUAAAGCUUUAUAUCAAAACCAGGCGGAAGAUGAGUAAACUAAAUAAUCGUGGAGGCUUGAAUAACGACAUGGACCGUCAACACUGGGACCUUAUUGACAGGGGCUCUGACGAAGAGGAUGACGAAGAGCAAAUUCGCUAUAUCACCCAAGAACGUAAGUUGGACUUCAAGAAUACCGAAGUUCGGUUUUUUCAUUCUGACAUUGUUACGACUCACUUGGAAUAUUUAUCCAGGUUCGAAGAUUUGUCACAUGAGGAAAUUAAGCGAGGAAUCACUUACUUCCAUCGUCUUUUCGUUGUGAGAAAGGACUACGCAGCGUUGUUCAGACUUGACUUCAUGAGCAUGAUUCACAAGUUGCGCAAUUAUCUUCCCAGAGGAUCGAGCAUUCGGCGACAUGUGGAAGAGUUCAUUGUCUAUUUCAUGAAAAAGUUCAAAUCUGCAUUUGAAAGGUUUCCGCUUGCUGUGGAGCUUCUUUUCCCCAGAAUUGAAAAUAUUGAGAUCAAGAGUUUCUUGAGCACAGGUGAUCUUGAGGCAACUUCUAGUGGAUCAAAGCGUGAACUGUCUUCGAAGACUCCUGGUUUGCCAAAAUCAAGCUAUUUUGCUAGCGACUCGCCUCAACCUAGAGCUGCAGCACAACUUCAAUUUGCAGAUGAGGGCAAGUCAGUGGAUGAGAAGAUUGGUAUUUUGAUUUAUCAUAUCAUCAAGAAGAAGAACGCCUUAAAGUUCGUCAAGUUUUUGAUAGGAGAGCUUGAAAGAUUGGUGAAGUUGAAGAGUGAUGGCAUUACUCAAGUUUUGUUGAGACUCAAUCUUGCUAAUAGAAGAUUGUUGAUCAACGAUUCUCAUUUGAGGCUUUUGAUCGAAGUUCUCGAAUUUGAUGCCCCAUUCUUACAGAAUGAUGAAACUAUUUUAAGAUUACAUGUGGAUGCUGCGCAGUUAAUUGAGAGGAAAGAGUUGAUUGUAAAAUGGUUGCAAAUGCAUGAGCAAGGUGUGGGAGAUAUUGAGCCCUUCCUUGAUCAGCUCAGACUUGAGAUUUUCACCAAGGAACAGUUGGACUUCGGAAUUGCUUCAUUGGCCAAUCUCCGCCAGGGACUUGGUAUUGACGAAGGUCAGGUUGAACAGCUUGGGCUUACCCCAGGUCAGAUUCACAAGGUUAUUGGCCUAGCUAAGAGAAAGGAGUAUGACGAGAAAAUCGCCGCUCAGUACUAUGCUGAUGAUGAUUUUGUUCAACCUGCCAUGGAGAACUCUGAUGAAGAUGAUAUUAAUUUUGAUGAUUCCCUUCUGCAAAAGAAACUGCGGUCCAGAAGACGUCCAAUUGUCGAAGAUGCACUUGAGUUUGAUGAUGACGAGCCGAAGAAGAUUACAAAGUCGCGUCGGAGCAGAAAAGAUGCACUUCUCAGCAUUGACUCAGAUGAUGAAUUGGAAUCCAUAUCGAAGUCGGCAGAAAUGGUCCAUGACUCGGAUGACGACUCAGAUAGCGAGCAAGCAAGAGCCUUUUUUGCCAGAGAAGAACAGUUACGUCAACUUAUUUCUACGACGGGCGGAAUAGUUAACAAGGAGCUGUUGAAGGUUUUCAAGGAAUCGUGGCAGAAAAUCAUUGGAUCCAAUUCAGACUCUCAGGUGAAAGAAGCCAUUACUAAGGCGGCACUUUUUGUGGAGGAUCUGGACGACGAUGAAAGUCCAAACAUUUUCUCACAUGACACAACACCGGCAUCAGGUGUUUCAGAUCACGAAGCAGACAUGAACAAAAAGAGGACUACGGAUGCAGAAGUUGGGACCAGCCGUAAAAGGAGAUUUAUUGUCGAUGACGAAGAGGAAGAAUAA